CCCAUCAUUCGCAAGUGAAGCUCUCAUUCCUAUCAACAACAUUUCUUCACAUAUCGUGCCAAUAAGUCCUGUCCAUAGCUUGACCCAUGCCAGUUCAACUCAGAAGUAGGCCUGGAGCAUCGGGUCCGAGAGUCUGUUGCUCUACAACUGCAUUCAGAGUUCCUUCAACAAUCAGUACUGGAAGUAGCUCAGACUCAGCUCUGCUAUUUAAACUGCCGCCUGAGGUUCUUACCAUGAUCUUCGACCAAGCGCCACAGGUGGACAAGAUCAUGUUAGCGAUGACCUGCAAAAGUUUACUCGCCACUUCGCGGCUGUGCGGCCUUUCUGUACCUCUCCGUGAAUCGCACAUGGCCACUUGGACUAGGCCUGACUCUUCUCGCUUUGUAGCUUCGUGCUCAUGUUUGAGCAUGGGCGAUUUACUCCGAAGGUUUCGGCCAAGAGAUGCGCGUGGUCGACCAAGUCGGGCGUGGAGUUGGUGCUUGGACUGCUGUAGGUACCUCCCGACAAGACGAGGAUGGUGGGAACGUCGGAUGAAAAGAGAUCAUACUACGAUAUCACAGGAUUACAUGCCAAAUCGUGAACCUAGUAUUGAUUGGUUCAGUCGCGGACUCAAACAGCAGUGCCCUAUUUGUUACCUGGAAGACGUCCAAUAGUAUCAACACUUAGGUUUCGAGAACGGAAGUAUGAAGAUGAUAUAGACAAGUACAUACUUUUGGCGGGCAUUUCUUAUGAUCCUCUAACUUUAAUUUUCAGAAAAAUAAACGAACUUGAAGAUCUUGCGAUCAGAAAUUACUUUUAA